CCUCCCCUGCUGCCCCGGCACGGCUCGGGAUUGUCGGGGAUGUUUUAAACCGGGACAAGCCGGGGCUGCUUUCCCUUGGCAGAUGUCGCUGUGCCGUCCCCGGGAGCUGCUGGGAAACACCUGGGUGCUCCUGGCAGGGCUGCUCGUGCUCUUCCCUCGGGCUCUGGCAGCACCAGGACCUGUCCUCAAAGCCGCUGCUGUGGGAUCCUCGGUGCUGCUCCCUGGGCUGGAGAACAUCAUCCUCAGAGAUUCCUUGUGCUGGGAAUUCCUCAAUGGCAGCGGCCCCCGCCCCAUCCUGCAGCACCGGGGGGGGGUCCUGCCCCCAGCCCUGCACGCUCCCUAUGCAGGACGAGCAGUUUUCCACCCAUCCAACGGAUCUCUCCUGCUGGAGGAUGUCCAGGAAAGCGACAGUGGCACCUACAGAGUGACAGGAGGCAGGGAGAGCCUGGAAUUCCAGCUGGAAGUGCUCCAGCCCGUGUCCCGCCCUCAGCUCUGGGCCAGCAGCCUCGUGGCUCGGGCCACUGGCCGGGUUGUGUGUGAGGUGGCAGAGGGCAGAGUGGGCAGCAUCACCUGGAGGAAGGAUGGGCAGCCCCUGAGCCCAGACAGAGUCUCGUGGCUGUCCAGCAGCUGCAGCGUUCUGUACCUGAGGCCAGCCAAGAGGUCGGACUGUGGCUCCUAUUCCUGCAACGCCAGCAACGGCAUCAGCUGGCAGGAAACCUCCCUGGAGGUCACCAUUGAAGGGGGGGAGCUCUGGAGGUGGCUCAGCUGCUACACCUGCGGGCUGGUGUGCAUCGCCUGCAUCCUGGAGGGCACCGCCGGCGUCCUCUGGAUGUGGGAGGAAGGCCCUUCCGUGGCUGUGAUCCUCCCUGAGAUCACCCUGAGCUACCUCACCGUGGUCACCUUCCUGGUUGCCACCACCGUGAUUUUCCAGCCGGCAGAUUUCAGCCAUCUGAAGAGCAGAAAAGCCCAGCGCACCAUGGGCUACGCCGCGCCCGGCGCCGUGGUGGCCGUGGUGCUCAGCAGCUCCUUCCUCAUCAAGAGCAUCCACCAGCGCCACGAAGGAGGAUGCACGGAGUUCAUGGAUGUCACCAUCCUGGUGGCCAGCACGGCGGCCGUGGCAGCCCUGCCGCUCCUGGCCAUCGGCCUCUGCUACCAAAGGACUCAGGGCUGGCACAAGGACAAUGAUGGCUCUUGGACAGACAAAGUCAGCUCCUUUGAGAUGUCUCAGCCAGGCACCAAGGACACCAUUCCCAGCUGAGAUCCAUGGGGUGUCUCUCCCCUGGCUAAGCCAGCCCCACUUUUGGUUCCUCUAUGAUCCUCAU